GAGGGAUAAGAGUGGCGCUGAGAUCGGCUCGCGCCCGGCCUCACUCGCCCGGCGUCGGUCAGGAGGAACAGACGUGCGAAAAGUGCGACCAUGGCCACGAAGGGACAGGUGAUCAAGUGCAAGGCUGCAAUUGCAUGGGAGAAGCAGAAGCCCCUGAGCGUCGAGGAGGUCGAGGUCGCGCCGCCGCAGAAGGGGGAGGUCAGGAUCAAGAUCCUGGCGACUGGGGUAUGUCACACAGAUGCCUACACCCUGGACGGCCACGACCCUGAAGGAAUUUUCCCCGUCAUCCUCGGCCAUGAAGGAGGCGGCAUCGUGGAGAGCGUCGGGGAGGGAGUCACGUCCGUCAAGGAAGGCGACCAUGUGAUCCCCCUGUACAUCCCCCAGUGCUACGACUGCAAGUUCUGCAAGUCUCCCAAGACCAACCUUUGCGGCAGAAUCAGGGCCACACAGGGCAAGGGUGUCAUGCCUGACGGAACCUCACGUUUCACUGCCCGCGGCCAGAAGAUCUUCCACUUCAUGGGAUGCUCCAGCUUCUCUGAGUACACUGUGGUGUCGGAACUGUCUGUUGCUAAGGUCAACGAAAAGGCUCCCCUGAAGAGUGUGUGUCUCCUCGGCUGCGGCAUCAGCACGGGCUACGGCGCCGCUCUCAACACUGCCAACGUCGAGCAGGGGAGCACCGUGGCCAUCUUCGGGCUGGGCGCCGUGGGCCUGGCGGCGGCGAUGGGGUGCAGAGAGCGCGGCGCCAAAACGAUCAUCGGCGUCGACAUCAAUGAAGCCAAGUUCGAGACGGCCAAGCGCUUCGGCUGCAACGCCUUCCUGAACCCGCUGAAGGUGCCUGACACGGUGGCCGCCCUCGUGGAGAUGACCGACGGAGGCUGCGACUACACCUUCGAGUGCAUCGGCAACGCGAAGACCAUGCGGCAGGCCCUGGAGGCGUGUCACAAGGGCUGGGGCGAGAGCAUCAUCAUCGGCGUGGCGGCGGCGGGCGUGGAGAUCUCCACCAGGCCCUUCCAGCUGGUGACAGGGAGGGUGUGGAGGGGGUCGGCCUUCGGAGGUUUCAAGUCCCGCGAGAGCGUGCCGAAGCUGGUGAACGAUUACAUGGACGGCAAGGUCAUGGUGGACGAGUUCGUGACCUUUACGAAGCCCUUGGGGGAGAUUAACGAAGCCUUUGACCUGAUGCACCAGGGGAAGGCCCUCAGGACGGUCGUCACCAUGUAGGGGCAUCGAUGACUUUAUUGGCACACGGAGGAUUUUCGCGACUUACUGUGAAGCUGAUGGUGAUGAUGGUGGUGAUGAUAUUGAUAAUGGUGGUGUUGGUGAUGGCGGUGGCGACUGUAGUAUAUUGAUAAUGAUGACGCGGGUGAUGCUUGUAGCGAUGUUGGUAUGAUAAAAGCAUUAACAUUCUCAAUGCAUUACUGUCGGUGUUAUUAUGAUCAGUAUUGUUAUAUUUCUUUGAUACUUUGUUAUAAUUUAUUAUUACUAUUACUGUCAGUAUUCUUGUUGUUUUUGUUAUUAUUGAUUAUUAUUUUUAUCUUUAUUUUCAUUAUUGUCAUCAUCAUCAUUAACAUCAUUUAACAUCAGUUUUAUUCAUAUUACUUUAAUCAUUGUUAUCUUCAUUGUUUUUAUAGCUGCUAUCAUUAGAAUUGAUUUGAGAAUAAUAGUAAGAAUUAGCGAAAGGACUGCUUUUGCUUUUUCACUCUUUAGAAUAUUUUUCAUGUGCUCCGAUUACUUAGAUUAUAGAUUUUGUUUAUUUAUAGAUUGCAGAAUUCGUGAAGAUGACGAUGAUAAAUGUCUCUGUGAAAGAAUGGAAUACAUUUACCGAGGGAAUAAAACUUUAAAUAA